AGGUGAAAGGUAUUCCAAAGGACCUCGUGGGCAACAGCAUGUCCAUAGACUUUGAGUUUCCCUAUCCCAGCGAUGAAGUACAAAAGGGCACUACCAAACCAUUCAAAGGUUCAGCCGAACACACACUCAACCAUGUGGAACGCAUCACCAUCGGACGUAACAAG